AUGAACAGUGACACACCUACUACACACGCCCCUCCCCUGCAAGCUUGGUUCCGCGCACCCCCCAUGUUCCUAGACUCCUUGACCAUCCUGUUCGUUCUUGAUGAGCUCGUGCUUGUCGCUAUGGAUUUUCUUCGUCACCUAGACCUCAGCCAAGACUGGAGACGACAAAAAGAGGAAGGGCUUUCGGAAGCCGCUGCUAAACUCACUUUCUCACAAACACCUCGAAAAGUCGCCGAGCUGGCCCAAUUCAAGAGCGAGUCUCCGCUCUGCCUUUUGCGGGCGGAGAUACCACCAUCCAUCGUGAGUGUGGAAGACCGUCUCGAUCAGGGGCGCACGCCUCGCCCAUAUGCCAACAGCUCCUCCGCUGGAAGACUGGGUUCUCAGGCUGUUGCGGUGGACUUUGCCGCCCUCUUAAAGGCAUCUGGCUCUCAUGAGCCUUCUGUCUCGCCGCCUCGUCGAACCCAGCCAGCUCCAGCUUUCACUUAUCAGCAGCUCCCUCCCAAGAUUCCAGCAGCUUCACCCCGACCUGUUGCGCAUGUUCCGCCUCCACCACCUGUAGCCCCUGCACAGAUGUCUGGAAGACGAGGCAUGCCUCCCCAUACCGGAGACCAGCCGCCUGUCAAAAAGCAGAGUAAGUGGUCGCCAGAGGAAGACGCACUCAUCAUUGAGCUCAGGGGGAAGGGGAUGAAGUGGGAGGAUAUCUCAAAGCGCUUGCCUGGUCGAAGUGCGAUAAGUUGCCGCCUACAUUACCAAAAUUACCUCGAAAGGCGGAGUGGAUGGGACGAAGAGCGCAAGAACAAGCUUGCCAGACUCUACGAAAGAUUCAAGCCUGAAAUGUGGGCUAAGGUGGCGGAAGAGAUGGCUGUCCCUUGGCGAGCAGCAGAGGCUAUGCAUUGGCAGCUAGGAGAGGCAGACAUGGCUAGACGUGCAGGAGUCAUCCCUUUCUCGUUGGCUGCAGUCAACGUCGAAGGAAACAACAACCACAGGAGCUCACCAUCACGCAGCCACAUUCACUCACAUUCCCAGGGAAGCAUGCCUCGCGACCUUGGAGUCCCAUCACCACGAGUUGUGUACAACAGAGCGCCACCAUUGCCCCCUGCCAGCAACCGAGCCAUCAUUUCCCGCCGAGAAUCGAUCCCACCACCUCCCCCUCUACCAAUGGGUCCUGAGCCUGCCGAAGUCCAAUAUGUACCAGGCCCUGGAUUGGCACCGAUUCAGAACCAGCCUACGCCUCGAAGUGCUGGCAUACUUCCUGGAUUUGCUGAACUCACUGGUGGUGUCAGUCCCUACAGUACAGCUUCUGCUGUGCCCAACAUAGGACCCGCGGCCGGGUUAGGCCAAGGACCCUUGUAUUCAAGUCUCGCCAGUUACUCGAUUGAGUCGGCCGGAUCCAAGAGAAGAGCUUCCCCAGACCCGUAUCAAUACGAGCCAAAUCAACGACGACGCAUCGCAUAG